AUGGUGUAUCGUGGGAGACCAUCAACUGGUUGUCUUAAAUGUCGAAAGAGGAAGAUCAAGUGCGACGAGCGACCAGAUGGGUGUCUCAAGUGCACCGAGAAGGGGUAUGCAUGCCCUGGAUACGAGGACCUACUCGAUCGAUUCUUCCAGGAUGAAUCGGCAAAUGUGAAGGACAAGGUCAUCAAAGCUAAAGCUAAAGCCAUUGCUCUGCGAGAUCUGCGAGAUUCAAAGUAUAGAACCAAGCCUCCGAAGCCGCUUGAAGGCCCUCCUGGCCUCUGUGCUUUAAUUGAGGCCCCUCUUCUCGGCCCAUUGAUCGAUCAAGGCAUAAACUUCUUCAUGUCACAUUAUGCAUUAGGCUUGGAUGAGCCGCCCAUCCAAUCAGUUUCUUACCAUCGACACCUUUCUACCAACGGAUUCCACCCCGUCGUAGCGACAUCGAUGACCGCUCUAGGACUUGCCGGGAUAGCUAACAUCCUCAGAGAUGGCUAUCUUCGAAAAGAGGCGACUCGAUGGUAUUCCAAAGCCUUGAAUAUGACGAAUUCUGCGCUUGCACACCCUGCCGAGGUUAAAUCUGACAACACGUUGUUGUCUACAAUCCUCCUCAGUGUAUACGAGCAGACGAGCAAUGAGAAGUCCUUUGCGGCCUGGAGUAACCACGUCGAAGGCUCGGCAUCCCUAAUUCGCGUGCGGGGCCGCGAUCAGUUUACCACCCCAGCCGCACGGAGGAUGUACAUGCAGAUUGUGUCGCUUCUCGUGAUGAAUUGUAUGGGUAGAGGUGAAGCGAUACCGGAAUUCAUUCACGAAAUGAACAAACAAGUUGUUGAACAUGAAGACCCGAAAAAUCCAAUGAACAAAUUCUACCACCUCAAUAUUAAAGCGAUUGACUUUCGGGCCCAAAUUAUCAACGGAAAGUUAACCGACCUUCACGCUAUCCUCGAUAGAGCCUUAGAGCUUGAUGCUCUAGCUCGAGGUAUUUUCGACGAUGUCGGGUCGUCGUGGGAUCCUGAAGUCGUAGAAGUCGAAGAAGGAACCCCCAAUAUUUUCGGAACAUUCUAUCACAUUUACCCACAUCAUUCAGCUUCACAGACAUGGAACUGGACCCGGUACAACCGAAUCUACUUCCACGAUAUUAUUCGUAACACCCUCAUCCUGGGCUUCUCAAUGUCCCCUCCUGCCUUUGUUGGUUCAUACUACGCCCUCCUCCUAGAGGAAUCAACACGGACAUUGUAUGAGAUGCAAGCCGGUAUCCUUGCCAGUGUUCCCCAGCAUCUUCACGAUACUCCGAAAAUUUCACUCUCUUCGCCCUCAGCCGCGAUCCCAACCCCUACCUCAUCAAACAGUAACCAGGCCCGAUUCAUCUGGUCCAACUUCCGCAAUGCCACAGCCCCCGAAUUCCCCCAGCCAUCCGGCUCAACCGAACGCUUACCUAAACUCCGCGUAUCAGGAGGGUAUUCAUUCUUCUGGUCUAUUUACAUCGCUGGGGCUACAUCUAUCGCAACGCCCAAGGUGCACGAAUAUGUCUUGCGCUCACUAACUCGACUCAGUGAAGAGUUUGGUGUCAAUCAAGCAAAGGUGCUUGUUAGUGCGCUGAAGCUCAAGAUCCAGAUGGACCAGAAUGGGACGCAAGGCUUUGAGGUUGUUCCAUCGUACUUACCAAGGGAAGGGGAGCAUAUGAGGGCCUCCGAUUCUGCUUGAAUCAGGGCAAUUGCUUCUCGAUCAGUCAACUUUUAGGUCUUUCUAGAAAGGUGCAGAGUCUGGUAUACCUCAUUCGUGCGAGUCGCCCCACCAACAGUCUCAAGCUGCAUCCUAUGGCUGAGCAAAUCAUGCGGUAGAUCUAGGCCGGAAUAUUUCCUUGCCUCUGAUGUCAAGCAACCCCUACCCUGCUCCCAUUAUCAGGUGGUGAAAGAGGAGGGUACCAUUUCAGUCCCGCUUUGCUAUCAUUCGCCACAACACACCACCAAAACAUCGUGGCACACCGUUCGAGGUGCUGUGACGUACGCCACAGCGCCUUUCGUCGUCUUUAAUCACAUGCG